AUGUCGACUUCGGUAGAAGAGUGGAUGUGUGUGGAACUGGAAAAGCUUGGAUUGCCAGCUUCAGAGGAUAACGCUAAGUACAUACUAAGUAUUCAAACUGCAGAAGAUUUAGAGGAGUAUAUGCAUGAGUUGCUUGGCAAUAGCAAUCCUAAAGUACUAGCUUUUAUCAAAGAGUUGCUGAUUAGGUGGCGAGCGACAGUGUCUGUACCAGAGGACAUACAGGUGUACCGUAAAUCAACAGACGAUGAUAUCUACUUUGGUGGCAGAGGUGGGACAGGCAAACAGAAGGCCAAUGACAAGAGCAGCAAACCUUCCAUUAGUAAACAGGUCGUCAAUGGCAACACUAAAUACACAAAACAAAGCAUACAGGACAACACCCCUCUUACCAAUGUAGUGGACCCAAAGAAAAAGACCAAGUUUGUUCCCCUGUACAGCCAGGAGGGACAGGAGAAAUCUGUGCUUCAGCUGCCAGGUCGACACAGCUGUGAGUGCCAGGCUGCAAAACACAAGUUAGUGAACAACUGUCUCCAGUGUGGGCGUGUAGUUUGUGACCAGGAGGGCUCGGGACCUUGUUUUCACUGUGGUAAUCUGGUAUGUACACAGGAAGAACAGGAAGUGUUAUCGCGGGGUUCACGUAAGAGUGAACAGCUUCGUCAAAGACUGAUGAAGGAUGCAGGAGAGAAGACAUUACCUCACCAGAACAGUCGGGUCAAUGCUGGGCUUGAGAAGGCCAUACAACAUAAAAACAAGUUGUUGGACUAUGACAAGACCAGUGUACAGCGGACUAAGGUUAUUGAUGAUGAGUCGGAUUAUUUUUCCACCGAUUCUAACCAGUGGCUAAGUAAAAAACAGCGAGAGGCACUACGAAAACGCAAUGAGGAAUUACGUGCAGAACGUUUUGCUUCACGAAGGGACAUGAAAGUGACAUUAGACUUUGCAGGUCGUCGUGUGUUGGAAGCUGAACAUGAAGCUGGUAAACAAAUGUAUGAUAUGAAUGAUGCAGUAGUUCAGCAAGUUCACUAUGGAGUUAAACCAAAGUCUGAAAGUUUCAAAAUGGAGGAAGCAGACUUCAGUGAUUUAGUCAAUCCCCUAAUCAAUGUGCAAUCACCACAGUUUGUCAGUACCUUAUCCAGUGAUCAGAGAUCUGGUAACAAAGUCUGGUCAGAUGAAUCGAAGAAGAAGACAGGUCUACGACUGCAGGAUCGUGAGCUUCAAGAAAUGUCUGAUGAGGGGAUGUGUAUGAGUAUGCACCAACCCUGGGCAUCUCUUCUUGUCUGUGGCAUCAAAAUGCAUGAAGGAAGGACAUGGUACACUGCACACAGAGGGAGACUAUGGAUAGCAGCGACUGCGAAAACCCCCUCCCCCGAGGAAACUGCAGAUAUGGAACAGACCUACCGCUAUUUACUAAAGAACCCACGAUUGGAAUUUCCCAGUCAUUACCCGGUUGGAUGCCUACUAGGAUGUGUGGAUGUGGUUGACUGUCUGGCUCAAGACCAGUACAGAGAAAAGUUUCCAGACGGAGAGUCAGCCUCUCCAUAUGUUUUUAUCUGUGAGGUUCCACAACAACUGGUGGUCAAGUUUCCUAUCAAGGGAAAACACAAAAUCUAUAAACUAGAAUCCCAUAUACAUCAAGCAGCUAAGAAAGGCUUAAGAUGACCAGUCCAGAGGUCUUAGGAUGGGGUUGGACAGUGCUUACUGUGAUAAGAUAGGAACUUAGAAUGAAAGUGAGAGAGAAAAUAUUUAUAGCAAUGCGGGGUAUCGGGUACAUUUAACAUAUGCCCAGAAACUUACUUGCUGCAAUAAAAAAUACCUCUAAACCUU